UAAGGGAGGGAAAAAAAAGGAGGAUGGAGAGAUGCUGGUGCCCGUAGGUGCUUGCGACGGUCACAGCACCGCGGCUCGAGAAGCUAGAAGUGCUCCACUGUGCUUUUGCAGCGCCCACGAUUGACUACUUCCAAGCUGUCUGAAGGAAAAUGUGCUGGUACGGGCGGACGCGCGCCAUCGUGUGACUAGAGGCCUCCUAGAUGGGGUCGGAGGAGGAGGAGGAGGAGGAGGAGGAGGACGAGGAGGACGAGGAGGAGGAGGACGAGGAGGACGAGGAGGACGAGGCCGCACCGUUCCUCGCGUGCACCGCGCGGCCUGGGCUGCCUGCAGCCAAGACGCGCACCGUGCGCCGCUCGGGGCAGACGGUGCAGCCCCGAGGGCGGCGAACGCAGGCCAUCGACGCCGAACGUGCACGCGGGAGGGCCCGGACCAGCUGGGCGACUCCUCGGGCGGGCGGGCAUGCGGGCUGGCACCAGGAGGACGCAGAGACUGCGGCAGGGAGCAGGGGAGCAGGGGAGCGGAGGUACAGCCAGGCGCGAGAGGUGCACCGGAAGGGGGGCGCGGCGCCGCCAGGCGGGCUGGCCCGCCGAUGGCCGCCACACGGAGCUCCUCGCAGGGCGGGCGCCGCGCGCAGGGCUAUCGCCGAGCUCCGCGCGGCGCCGCUCCAAAAACCGAGCUGGCACCGAGGUGGGGAGCUCGGUGCGGCUGGAUCUCCUUUUGUUGCGGUGCACGGCACGCGUAGAGGGGGGGGGGGCCGGGAGGAGCCCAGGGCCCGGGGCGGUCGACUCCCACGCCCCCUGGGAGGCGCAGGGAGAGCGCCCUGCAGUGGCCGGGAGCGUGCAAGGCAGGCCCUGGGUGUGCGGAAUGCGAGCGGCCUCGCCGGCGGCGGUAGACCGAUGCCCCUCUGAGGGCAGGCCUGCAGGGAGCGCGGCGAAGUGAGGAGAGAGAGAGAGGGAGAGAGAGAGGGAGAGAGAAGGAGACAGAGGCUAUAAGGGGAGAGAGAGAGAGAGAGAGAAGCAGAUAAGAGGCAUACUCAAAAAGCCGAAAAGCCCGUCGCAAUGAAACAAUCAGAGAUCGCGGCACGGCGGAUCUCAGACAUCUGCUGUCGAGAUGGGGACCACUAGAGCGGCAAGGAACUUCCGAAGACCAAGAUCGCGGCACGACGGAUCUCAGAAAUCUGCUGUCGAGAUGGAAGCCACUAGAGCGGCAAAAAACUUCCGAAGACCAACUGCGUGACACGCAACAGCGUCGGAACGCAGCCUGGCAAUCGGAUCAUAGUACGAAGUCUCUUCGGGAGAUCUCGGCACUACCUUUCUGCAUGCAUGCCAGAACUGAGCUGGUGCACUGUCGGAGUUUGUCACAGGCAGCUACAUGUCUUGAAACGCCAAUCGAUGAAUGAAACGCGGCAAUGGUGUCGCUUCGCCCGGCGAGUCCAUAACGCAAACCAUCACCGAACAUGUGCAACACGACAACACAGCAUCGGCCGAGCCAUCUCCGAAUAUGCUUAAAACUGGCGCACCCGCGAGAUCGCGCGAAGCGCUCGCCACAUCAUAUCAGAUGCAGCGUAUGUCCCUCUUUCUGCCCAGUGCUAUUCUGCAUGGAACAAGGAACCCAUUCACGUCGGAGACAAAGAAGGACCGCCCAUGGGAGGGAGUCCUAGGAAAUCGGCCAUCGCGGCUUGAGUGUGCGCGGCCAACGCCUUCACUCCGCUGGCCCACGUUACGGGGCGGCGAAGAUGAGGCUUCCCCUACUGAUCAAAUCCGCCGAACCUGUCGGCGUGUGAGGGGCUUGUCCGUUCGAGUCGUCAUCUCCACACGAACAAUCAUACGAAACGCCCUACCGUGACCCCUCGAGCAGUCGCCACCCACAAUGCUUGGCACGGUGGCUUUACUCGCCGCAAGCAGCUGGAUAAUGUUGACAUGCUAGGGCCCACGAUGUGCGAGAAUCAGCGUUGCGCGUCUGCGCACCUCUACCACCAGGACGUUCGUGGCACUGCCCGAGGACAAAUUGCCCUCACUGCGGAACCACGCUUCGCUGAGCGCGUCCACGGGGAGAUUUGUCAGCGGUCUGACGGCCCUCCUUGCACACGCGACAGUUACGCGAUCGAUUUCAGGGCAAAAGGAAAAUGGUCGGGAAUCCCACGGAUCCGAGGCCAUGCGCAUGCGUGCACUGCUGGACGGAGAAGGAGCGAAGAACGACACGG